UUUGAACCGAGCUGUUCGAAAGAACCGGUUCGCGAAAAUGACUCGGACUACACACUUGUUGCAUGUGUGAAACAGUUGCAGCAAACUCCUCCCAUGGACCGCCCACAGCGGAGCAUCAUGAUUUCUUCUUGUCUCAGCCGAUGAAUAGCUACUUGACAAACAGCGCUUGAGGGUUGAAGUUUUGUUUUUAAGAGUAGCCUAUGGGUUGUUACGGGAGCGUUUGUCGAAGUUGCACGGAGAUUUUCAGUGUGUGAGAACGGACACGGAAAUUACAAUGUGCUCAAACUAACUCUCAGUUAGGACUGAGAAGAACAAGCUGCACGUGCCUGUCCUCAUUACAUCUAAGCCAUGGGGUCAUUCCGAAAGCCCAGACCCCGUUUCAUGAGCUCGCCUGUGCUGUCCGACCUCGCCCGGUUUCAUGCCAGCUCGCCAACACUGCAGCUGUCCAACGCCAGUGUUUGGAACAGUGUUCAAACGGCUGUAAUUAAAGUCUUCCAAGGUGGUGGGCUACAAGCCAGUGAGCUGUAUACCCUGAAUGAAAGCAUAAGGUGGCUUUUGAGGACUGAACUGGGAUCAUUUAUCACUGAGUACUUUCAGGAUCAGCUCUUGAAUAAGGGUCUGAUGGAUAUUUUGGAGAAGAUUCAGCUUCAUAACGAUGAAAGCCGUCUUCAAGCGCUGUCUGAGAUGUGGGUGAGGUUUUUCACAGACAUCCUGCCAACUCUUCAAGCUAUUUUCUACCCCGUGCAGGGUCAGGAGUUGACUGUGAGGCAGAUGGCUCUGCUAGGCUUCAGGAACAUGGUUCUGUUGAAGCUUCCUGUGGAGAACAUGUUUCAGGGCUCCUCAUAUCCUCCGCCAAUCACACAGAUGCUGCUGAUCCUGCAGGGCAUUCAUGAGCCUAAUGGUCCUACGCAGGAGUAUUUCCUACUCGAGAGGCUAGUGGAAAUGGUUAUAUCUCCCUACCUGAGUAACUACCUCAACAUGAACUCUAAUGAUUCCUCUUCAGAGGAUCGUCUGGAAGGCUUGAGAUUGGUCAACACGCCACACCUCAGUCAACCUGAGAUCAUGGUGACACAUUUUGCCCACGAGUCUUUCCUGGCACCUCUAAUCGAACAUGAGGGUGAAGCCUAUUUGGAAAGGACUGGUGGUGUGCGACGCCACACAGUCGCCAAUGUGCAUUCAGAAAUCCAGCUACUGUCCAUGAAAAACAGGAUGUGUUCAGAAAAAGUGGAGGUCAGUAGCGCAGCCAGGAUGACCAAGACAGAGAGCAAAAGGACACCGAAGACUUUCUGCAGUGAACCAGUCUUUUUUGACUCACGGCCAGGUGAUGUGGAAAUCCUUCGAGGGCAAAGCACUGCAGAGAUGAAGUAUGGCCUAACUAGUUAAAAAAAAGCCUCUCUCUCACGCUCUCAAAGCGCCCACUGAGUUCUUGUAAAGUUACGAUAACUGAGACAAGCUAGAACGUGUCCGCUUAAUACAAUAUGGACUCUGCUGCUGUGGAAAUGUGAGCUGUUUUGUGUGCUAAAUACUGUUUGGCCUGUCAGUUUAGCCUGUUUUUAUGAGCUUGGAGUGUGGUUGAAGAAGUUUUACUUCAGCCCAUUCUUGUAAAGCAGGCAAAAGAGUCACACUUCUUUCUUUCAUGGAAGUGGUAAAGCGGUGUGAAAAUAAUGCAGGUGAGAUAACGGUUUACAGAGGU